GAAUGACUCAAACUAGUAAUUCAAAAUCGCCAAUUUAUAAUACUAGUAAUAUAUUUAACCGCCAAAAUCUCUCAUCUUCAUUGGCUUCCAACUGACACUUAAAAGCCGCCGUACCUCCGCUCGUUGGAUCCAUUUAAUUUAUUAUGUAGUACCAUUCCGUUCUUCCGUCAUCUAUCCAUUAUAAAUUCAGUACUUUAGCCAAUUCCACUCUCACUUCAUUCCCAUUUCUCAUUUCCACACAACCAAAUACACACAGUCACACACUAGAAACACAAAUCAUCAUUAAUAAACCAAAUAACCUCUAUCCUUUUUUGUAUUGCGAUUCAAAUUUUACCAAUUAAUCCUGCUCAAUGAAAACCAUUUCUUCCGUGGAUGAACACUGCUGUUGCUCUUCCUCCGCCGCCGCCGCCGAUUGCCCGGCGUCUUCCAUCAGGCCAUCCCGACUGAUUAAACCCGACCCGAUUUGCCAAUUCGGGUUUCCCGAAAACAAGAUCUCCACCCCGCUGGCUUACAACAUGGUGUCGAACUCCCCGAGUUAUUCAUACUCGAGGUUCGGGGAUGAACCGGCUGGUGAUGAUUUUCCGGGUCAAGAAAUCGGGUGGGAUAACGGGGAUUUCGUCGACCUCAACAACAAGAAGAGGCCCUACAUGAUCCGGUGGAAAUCCGGGAAAAGAGUGGAUCAGAGGCUGAUGAUGGUGUUGGAGUCGUUUUACCAGGAGAUUUACGUGAAACGACAGGAUUUCUUCAAGAAAAUCUUUCCCGACCGGAUACAACCCGACUUUGAGGAUGUCUUCCGCAAAGUUGACGCCAUGUUGUUGAAGAACAGCACAGAAGUGAAGAAUAAAACACUGCAGAGAAGCUUGAGCCUCGGGUCGCCCCGGCGGAUCCAGCGGUUCAAAGUUAAAAUUCCGGCUGUCUGCAUCCGGAACGCUGCCGGUCAAGCGGCCGCGUCAGCUUGCCAUAUCCCGGCUGUUUGCAUCAGGAAUUCUGGCGGUCAAGGCGGCGCGUCAGCUUGCCAGCCUGCAUCAUCUGGUUGUGAUGGAAAAUAAUUACCACGUACUACUGGUUUUUAUUUUUAUUUUUUUAAUAAAAAACAAAAAGUGUAAAAACAAGGUCAUGAAUUACCUUCUUUAAUUGUAACCAAAAAAAGAAAAAGAAAAUUUCUUUUUACCAAAUUAGAACUGAAGAAAAGUAUUGAUACUACUAGUAUCUUGUAAUUAUAAGAUAGAAGAGUAGUACUAUUGAAUAAAAUAAAUGAAUAAAUAAAAUGUGGAGAACUAGUAAAAAGCAGUGCUCACAUACUGUAAAAUGUAAAUGAUUUAUUAUUUCUUUCUUUUUUUAUGAUUUGUUGCUGAGGGUAAAUAAUACUAGUAAGUGCCUGU